ACUGUCCCUGCUAGAAAGUGGGCUGUCGUGGGAAGACGCUCUCAGUGAAAAAUAAUUAGCUGAAAAAACUCCCACAAGUAUAGAAAUCCAUCCCCUUGUUUAGUAUACCUAUUGCCCUCACUCCAGUCAUUUGAAAAGGGAGUGCACACCAGGGGACAGAAGUGACAUUUCAUACGGGAAAGGCCACUUAAAGGCAUUUAUCAAAGACACUGGAUGGAUAGCAUCGACGCUGAAGCUCUUUACCUGACCACCACGCAGCAUGGGCAGCCUCAGUGCGAGCUUCCCCACACUGCUGUGGAGGUACCCAGCCUGGGGGGAACCAAGAAGAUGAAUGGGACAAUGGACCACCCGGACCAGCCAGACAUCGAUGCCAUAAAGAUGUUUGUAGGUCAGAUCCCACGGUCCUGGUCAGAGGAGCAGUUGCGGGAGCUGUUUGAACCCUAUGGUGCCGUCUACGAAAUCAACGUCCUCCGAGACAGGAGUCAAAACCCCCCACAAAGCAAAGGUUGUUGUUUUAUCACAUAUUAUACACGUAAAUCAGCAUUAGAAGCACAAAACGCCCUUCACAACAUGAAAAUUCUUCCAGGGAUGCAUCAUCCCAUUCAGAUGAAGCCAGCAGACAGUGAGAAGAACAACUCGGUAGAAGACAGAAAGCUGUUUAUUGGGAUGAUCUCAAAGAAGUGCAACGAGAAUGACAUUCGGCUCAUGUUCUCGCCAUACGGUCAGAUUGAGGAGUGCCGCAUUCUCAGAGGGCCUGAUGGACUAAGCCGCGGUUGUGCCUUCGUCACAUUCACAGCCAGACAGAUGGCUCAGUCUGCCAUAAAAUCCAUGCACCAGUCACAGACCAUGGAGGGCUGUUCAUCUCCAAUCGUGGUGAAGUUUGCAGACACACAGAAGGAUAAGGAACAGAAGCGCAUGGCACAGCAGCUGCAACAGCAGAUGCAGCAACUCAAUGCUGUCUCCAUGUGGGGAAACUUAACUGGUCUCAACUCUCUAGGCCCACAGUACCUUGCACUUUAUUUGCAGCUCCUGCAGCAAUCCGCGUCCUCUGGGAAUGCCCUCAACAAUCUCCACCCCAUGUCAGGUCUGAAUGCCAUGCAGAAUCUGGCUGCGUUGGCAGCGGCAGCGAGUGCCACGCAGGCCACUCCAACUGUCAGCAGUGCGCUAACCACCUCCAGCUCUCCGCUUAGCGUGCUCACUAGCUCAGGUACGCCCACUGGACAACAGACUCACUCUGCCUGGGAUGGCUGCAAGGCGGGCUCCUCUCCCACCUCCAGUACUAGCUCGUCUGUGAAUCCCAUGGCUUCUUUGGGUGCCCUACAGUCUCUUGCUGCAGGUGCUGGAGCUGGCCUCAACAUGAGCUCACUAGCAGGCAUGGCUGCGCUGAAUGGUGGCUUGGGCAGCGGAGGUCUGUCUAACGGCUCUGGCAGCACUAUGGAGGCCUUGACCCAGGCAGCAUACUCGGGGAUCCAGCAGUAUGCAGCAGCUGCGCUGCCCAGCCUCUAUAACCAGAGCCUACUUUCCCAGCAGAGCAUCAGUGCUGCUGGCAGCCAGAAAGAAGGCCCAGAGGGUGCAAAUCUGUUCAUUUAUCACCUGCCACAGGAGUUUGGUGACCAGGAUCUGCUUCAGAUGUUCAUGCCUUUUGGCAAUGUCAUCUCAGCCAAGGUGUUCAUAGACAAACAGACCAACCUCAGCAAGUGUUUUGGCUUUGUGAGUUACGACAAUCCUGUUUCAUCCCAGGCAGCCAUUCAGUCAAUGAACGGUUUUCAGAUCGGAAUGAAGCGACUGAAGGUUCAACUGAAACGAUCCAAAAACGACAGCAAGCCAUACUGAGUGCUUUUACUCUAAAAUGGACUUGGUUUGAAAAUGUGUUUCUGAUAUCUUCGUGCCCCGUUUGUUCAUCGUUUCCCUAGCAUGUCGAUGUGACGUCAAAAGUUCAUCGUCCAGUCCGUUGUCCUCUUCGCUUCUCUGACGCUUGAAAUUUUCACCCUUGACCUUUUUUGUGUUAACUUUUGACGCUUAGUGAUUUACUUUUGUUUGUUUUCGUGUGUUCAUUUCUGUUUGUGCUGCCAAUAGAGGGCACUAGAAAGACUGCUGUUAUAACUAAAAUGUAAAAAGUUUCAUGAAUAUUGUUCUGAGCAAAGAGUCUAUUUUUCUAGAACUUGCAAACAUAACCACUAGAUUGUGCAAAAAGCUUUUAAUUUUCAUUGUUUCUUUACCCAGUUUUUUCUUUCCUUCUUUAGCAAAUUUUAUUUUUUGUCAUUUUAAUGCAGUCUUCCUAGUGCACUCAGUUUUACUCAUUUGUUUUCUUCUGAAAGCAGCCAAUCAAUUUAUAGAAUCACUUUGUGUGUGAGUGUGGGUGUUUUUUCCUCUUUCUCUCACUUGUUAGUUCUAAACCUUUUUUAGGAUGUUUUGCAGUCACAUUUUGCUGAAACUGAGGAUAACCUUGUAAUUUUUGUGCUAGGUUAGUUGGCAUGAUGUAAUUUUGGGAGUUCCUAUUAACAGAGUGACAUUACAAUAGACACUUGAAUUGCCUUUUUUUUUUUUUCCAAUGUAUUGUGUCGAGCCACCACAGGCACAUAAUGUUUUUCAUUUUCUUAUUGUGUGAAAAUCAGGAUUAGUCUGAAAUAAAAAUGCAUAAAUUGAGCAGAAUUGAGUUUGUCACAGUUAGUUAAUAUAUUAAAGUAUGCAUGUUUUUUGUAACUGCACUGACAUCCUCAGCAAAAUGUGAUUUCAGUUCUGUUAAAAAAAAAAAUCAAAAUUAUAAAAUGAAUAAAAUGGUGCCAAAAGUUUUGCAUGUUGCUGUUGGUCACACUUUCUGUAUUUUUGUUUUUCAUGACGUUUGCUUCCACUAUGGUCCCCUUUUAAUCAUCGGUGAUUUUAAGUACACGUGUGUCUCAAUGUGUUGAGACCAUGUUUGAAAGUGAGCCUUUUUUUUUCUUCUCUAGAUGGAUUCUGGUAUCAUGGCUUUAUACUGACUUUACAAAUCCACUCUGUCUUAGCUCAGACUAAGUACUCGUGCCUAUGAAAGCAAAUUUAAGCUAUUUAGUAAUUUAGCCAUUUUUGUGACAACAGUGUGGGAACUGUUCGGUUGGCAGAAAGUAUCCAAAGUAACUUUCAACUUUUCCAGCUGUUAUUGGCUCUUGUCGUAGUCUGACUACAGCUCUUUCCCAGCACUGCCUUUAGUGUGUCUCUUGUUUGAGAAGUGCCCUCUAAACCCCAUCAUUUAGUUAGUUUUUGUCCUCUUGAUUUGUGCCCUGAAUGAGAGCUACAUUUGGUUUUAUGAUCUGCUUCUGCAAAAUUUGGCAUGCCCAUUUUUUUUUUAUGACUCCCCACCCCACCCCAACCCCCAACAGUAGAUUGCAAGCAAAAAAUGAUUAUGGACUAAUUGGGUUUUGACGAUGAAAUAUUUAUCAUUUUCUAUUUAGGUUUUAAGCUGCUGUUUGUGAGUUUAAAUGUACUCUGAAAAAAUUACCUGUGGGAUGUUUGUCAUUAUUGGUACAGAGUGAUUGUAUUUAAUAGUAAAAAAAAUUUGUACAGUUUUUGCCUUUUCUACUUCCAAGUUCUGUUUCACAAUGUGAAAUUUAAAUCCUACCACGUGGAGCCAUGUAGAACUUGCCACCAUGACCAAACAUAAGCCUGUACAAAUUAAGGACGUAAUUCUAUAAAGCAGCCUUCAAAUUGAAUAAAAAGCUAUUUUUUGUUUUUCUUUUGUCAUUUAAGUUAUGGUUUUCAUUGGAAUUGUAGAGUGAGGAGUUCAUUAGAUGUCUAGAGGAGUGGCUUUUUUUCCUGAAUGUUUUCUGUUGAGGUUUAUUUAAAAUGUGAUGGUGGUUAAGAAUUUCAUGCUACUGUCUCCACAGAAAUAUAGCAAUGUGCACACCCAGCAAGAAGUCAUUUUGUAGUUUAUCUUUGGUCGGGUUGUUUGUCUGAUUAAACAGAAAAGAUUCACACCC